GCCGCCCGCUAUUCCACUUCUGAACUUUCUGGGCCGGGAUGGGGAAGGGAUUUUUUAUCAGUAAAGCGGUUCUAGGCGCCGCGAUCGUGCUCGCAGUCGCUGCCGCCGCUACCAUUAUCGCCCUGGCCGUGGUUUAUGCUCAAGAGAAGGCCAACACCUCGGGGGUAAAUCAGCCUGACCGUCCCGGGGCCAGCACCGUGCCCCCAGCGACGGACAGUCCCGGCACCGUGCCCCCAGCGACGGACAGUCCCGGCACCGUGCCCCCAGCGACGGACAGUCCUGGCACCGUGCCCCCAGCGACGGACAGUCCCGGCACCGUGCCCCCAGUCAAGCCCUGGGACAGGUACCGGCUGCCCGGGGAUUUGGUGCCCGAUCACUAUGAGGUGACCCUGUGGCCGCGGCUGGACAAGGACCCGGUGAAAAGUUACUAUUUCACCGGCAACUCCACGGUUUAUUUCCGCUGCGAACGGAAGACGAAGCUGAUCCUGCUGCACAGCCACAAGCUGAAAGUGAUGGAACCCGAGCUGGAGGUUGUAGGGGCCGGCUCCCCUCCUGCCCCGGCCCUGCACAAAUACUGGCUGCAGAAUGAGACUCAGUUCCUGGUGAUCAUGCUCCAGGAGCCCCUCUCCCCCGGGACACGCUACUCCCUCCAUACCCAGUUCGAAGGCGCUUUAGCGGAUGAUCUGUCGGGAUUUUACCGGAGCCAGUAUGUCAAUGAGACCGGCCAUACCAGAGUCAUUGCAACAACUCAGAUGCAGCCGACUGAUGCCAGGAAAGCAUUCCCGUGCUUUGAUGAACCAGCAAUGAAAGCAACAUUCAACAUAACUCUGUAUCAUAAACCUGAACACACUGCAAUUUCCAACAUGCCAGAAGGAAAAACAACUAUGAUUGACGAUGGUAUGACAUGGAUAGUCACGAGUUUUCAACAGACACCUAAGAUGUCCACUUACCUGCUUGCUUUUAUUGUUUCUGACUUCAUCUUUGAGCACGAAAAUACAAGUGAUACCGAGAUCCGCAUUUGGGCGCGAAAGGAAGCAAUUGAGGAAGGUCAAGGAAAAUAUGCAUUAAAUGUUACUGGGAAAAUUCUAGACUUCUUUGAAAAUUAUUACAACGUUUCCUAUCCACUCCCAAAAUCAGAUCAGAUUGCACUUCCUGACUUUAAUGCUGGUGCAAUGGAGAACUGGGGUCUUAUCACCUACCGUGAGACUGCUCUCCUGUAUGAUCCCAAACUGUCAUCUGCUGGAAACAAGGAGAGAGUUGUAAAGGUCAUUGCACAUGAACUGGCUCAUCAGUGGUUUGGAAACCUGGUAACGAUAAAGUGGUGGAAUGACUUAUGGCUGAAUGAAGGAUUUGCUUCUUACGUUGAAUACUUGGGAGCAAAUAAGGCUGAGCCACAGUGGGGCGUGAAAGAUCUAAUUGUACUGAAUGAAGUUUACAGAGUUUUUGCUAUUGAUGCUUUAGCCUCAUCUCAUCCUCUCUCAUCCGAAGAAACCGAGAUUAACACACCAGCCGAAAUUAACGAGCUUUUUGAUGCAAUUUCAUACAGCAAGGCAACAUCUGUCCUUCGCAUGCUUUCCAACUUUCUGAGUGAACAAUUAUUUGUCAAAGGGCUCAGCGCUUACCUACGUCAGUUUUCAUAUAACAACACGAUAUACGCAGACCUCUUUGAGCAUCUGCAGAAGGCUGUUGAUGAUUCUAUCAAGUUACCCAAAACAGUCAGUGAAAUUAUGAGUCGAUGGACGCUACAGAUGGGUUUUCCAGUCAUUACAAUAAAUACAACGACAGGAACUGUUACCCAAAAACAUUUUCUUCUUGAUCCAAAUUCAAAUGUGACUCGGCCUUCAAAGUUCAAUUACACUUGGAUUGUACCAAUUACAUGGAUGAAAGGACAAACAAAGAACAACAUUAGUUGGUUAUUGGAGCGCCAAGAAACCAAUCCAGAAAUGAAACUGAAUGGAAACGAGUGGCUCUUGGCGAAUAUUGAUGUUAUGGGAUAUUACAGAGUGAAUUACGAUGAAAGAAACUGGAACAAUCUUGUGGAGCAACUGUCAACAAAUCACACGGUGAAUAUUUAA